GACUUCCGCCUCUCCUUCCUUCCUUUCGCGGUUCGACAACAUGGCGGCCACGACAGCCGCCUCGGGUUCCUCUCCAACUUCGACUCCGGCCCCGACCCCAGCUCCGGUGUCUAACCCGGAUCCCGCGCCAGCCUCCGCGCCAGCUCCCGCCCCGGCCCCGCCCCAGGGACAGGCCCCGGCGUCCGCGCCUCCGCCGGCAGCCCCGACCCCGGCGCCGGCGCCGGCGCCGCUCGGGCCCGGACUCCCUGGGCCGUUCCCCGGCGGCCGCGUGGUCCGACUGCACCCGGUCAUCCUCGCUUCCAUCGUGGACAGCUACGAGCGCCGCAACGAGGGCGCGGGCCGCGUCAUCGGCACCUUGCUGGGAACAAUUGACAAACACUCAGUAGAAGUAACCAACUGUUUUUCUGUGCCACAUAAUGAGUCUGAAGAUGAGGUUGCUGUGGACAUGGAAUUUGCUAAGAAUAUGUAUGAAUUACACAAGAAAGUCUCUCCAAGUGAGCUUAUUCUUGGAUGGUAUGCCACAGGCCAUGACAUCACAGAACACUCAGUGCUGAUUCAUGAGUACUACAGCCGAGAGGCCCACAGCCCCAUCCAUCUCACUGUGGACACCAGCCUCCAGAAUGGACGAAUGAGCAUCAAGGCCUAUGUCAGUGCUUCCAUGGGUGUUCCUGGAAAAACGAUGGGAGUGAUGUUCACUCCACUGACAGUGAAAUAUGUCUACUAUGACACUGAGCGGAUCGGAAUUGACCUGAUCAUGAAGACAUGUUUCAGCCCCAACCGUGUGAUUGGCCUUUCAAGUGAUCUACAGCAAGUUGGUGGGGCAUCUGCCCGGAUACAAGAUGCCCUCAGCACAGUGUUGCAGUAUGCCGAAGAUGUGCUGUCUGGAAAGGUGUCAGCUGACAAUACCGUGGGCCGCUUCCUGAUGGGCCUGGUUAACCAAGUUCCCAAAAUUGCUCCUGAGGAUUUCGAGACCAUGCUGAACAGCAACAUCAAUGACCUGCUGAUGGUGACCUACCUUGCCAACUUAACGCAGUCACAGAUUGCUCUCAAUGAGAAACUUGUGAGCCUGUGAGGAAGCCCAGUGAGCAGCAACUACAGCCAGCAACUCUACCUGAUAUGAGUCCUCCUUUGGUCUAACACAGGAUAGAAUAGAAGAAAAGUGGAUUCUUCUUUAACCAUCAUCUUUAAGUUGCCUGUUUCUGUAGAUGAGCUGUUUAUAACUCCAAAUAAACCACAGACAUCCCUUUUCCCCCUGGGUAAGGGACUGAUUGUGACCUUUCCCUUGGGGGAGGGAGAUACUAACUUGGAGACUGUCUUGAAAUCAAGAAGUGAGUACUUUUGGAGGUGCUGGGUCAAGGAAGGAUAUCUUGGACACUGGAAAGCUCUUCAAAAUCCUGAUCUCCACCAGCAGGGGAAGCAUUUCUCUUCCUCCCAGCCCUUCACCCUAGCCCCCAGAGUCUUUAUGUUCAGCCAGCCAAGUUUAGUUGAUGGACUAAGGUGACAUGCCAGGUUAACUGCUUCUAUUCCUUAUCCUGUUAUAACAUUGCCUACUUUAUAUCAUCGAGAAGACAUGUAAAAUUAGAGAUUGAGCCAGAGAACAUAGCAGUCUUGUUCCAUGUGUAAUUCUUCUGCCACUGGUAGAAUUCCCUGCCCCUUUUUUGCUGUGCCCUUGCCUUCUAACCACAUUGUACCCAUCCUUUAGGGCUGUCCUAAACACUGGGCUAAGAGUCUAGAGGUGGAGGGUACCUCAGAAGUCCUUUCCCCAAUGUUACUUUACAGAGAAGGAAACUGGUCCAGGGAAUUUGAGUUACCCAAGUGGAUAGUGUCCCUCAUUGUAUUUGCUGCUGAAGAUUUGUCCCCAUUUGCCCCUUAAGAGAUUUUUCUUACAGACUAGAAAAUAUUUUUUUCUUUUUGUCCCUUAGCCACCCUUCAUAAUGGUAUUUCUUAUUUUACACAAUAUUUUUCAGAGAAGGUAUUUUUAUAAAACGGGUUCUUAACAAACAAAUCCUAUUCACCUAUAACAAGCAUAUACUAGCUAUUUUAUGUGGUGCACAGUGACAAAUGUCGAGUGAAUUGUAUGAAAUCCCCUUCAUUAAGUUCCCAGUGUUUACGAAAGUACUAGGUCCUGGGUGUUAAGGAUACAAAACAAAAAACAGUGACUCCCCAUAAACAGCCAUUUUAAAAGAACAUUAUUAUGUCAAAAUCACGUUUGUGACCAUUGCCCUGCUAUUCUCUCUUACCAAGCACAGCUCUGGAUGCGAAUGUUUUCAGGGUCUGAGAUCUAGGCCAGCAUUUCAUAAUAGAUGAAGUGUUUCGUAUACUUAAGUAUGAGUUUGGAACCUGCAACAGAUGUUAAAUGCUUGCUUUUUGAAAUAGUGAGAAAGUAGGAAAGUUCAAGCGAUUGUGUGUUUUGUUCUUGUAUUCCUUGUGCACGUGUUUCAUGUCUGCCUUUGGUGUGCUGGGAGAGAAGGGGGAUACUGAGAAAUACUCCUUGCCUUCAAGGAAGUUGUCCUCUGUCAAGGUUGAGCAUGUGUGUGAACCCCCCCCCCCCCCCCCAAAAAAAAAAAAAAAAA